CUUUCAUUCAUUCACACAGGGAUUCCUCUGCCUGCAUGUCUGAACACGGCGCGCUGGGAUGUGUCGUAAGCAAGAGACAGACAGAAAACAGGGAAAGGGAAAUCAGCAAAGGUAUAUAGAGACAGAGAGAGAGUGAUAACGUGAGGGUCACGCAAGUUUAAAGAGGGACGGCACACAUUUCUGAGACGUCUGGUUCAGGAUGGACACCAUGAUGCUACAGGAGAAACUGGUAGAGAAACUUCUGUGUCCCCGAACCAGAACCACCAGACAGAAGGACAAGCAGUAUGUUGGCUUCGCUACGCUUCCUAAUCAGGUCCACAGGAAGUCGGUGAAGAAGGGCUUUGACUUCACUCUGAUGGUGGCAGGUGAAUCUGGAUUGGGAAAGUCUACUCUAGUAAACAGCCUCUUCCUCACAGAUCUCUAUAAAGACAGAAAAUUACUAAAUGCUGAAGAGCGUAUUAAUCAGACGGUAGAGAUCACCAAACACACAGUUGACAUCGAGGAGAAAGGAGUCAAGCUCAAACUCACCAUUGUGGACACGCCAGGGUUUGGAGACGCAGUAAAUAACAAUGAAUGUUGGAAGCCCAUCACAGACUACAUCGACCAGCAGUUUGAGCAGUACUUCAGAGACGAGAGUGGACUGAACAGAAAGAACAUAUUAGACAACAGAGUGCACUGCUGUCUGUACUUCAUCCCGCCGUUUGGACACGGUUUGCGGCCGGUGGACGUGGAGUUCAUGAAGGCUCUGCAUGAGAAAGUGAACAUCGUUCCUCUGAUCUCCAAAGCAGACUGUCUCACUCCUAACGAGGUCAAAAAGCUGAAGGACAGGGUGCGAGACGAGAUCGAGCGCUUCGGGAUUAAAGUCUAUCAGUUUCCCGAGUGUGACUCUGAUGAAGAAGAUGAGUUCAAACAGAUGGACAAAGAGCUGAAGGAGUGCACUCCGUUUGCUGUCAUUGGCAGUAAUACAGUGGUGGAGGCCAGAGGUCAAAGGGUCAGAGGUCGUCUUUACCCCUGGGGUAUCGUGGAAGUGGAGAAUCAGUCUCACUGUGACUUUGUGAAACUGAGGAACAUGCUGAUUCGCUCUCACAUGCACGACCUGAAAGACGUGACGUGCGAUGUGCACUACGAAAACUACAGAGCCCUGUGCAUCCAGGAGAUGACCAGUAAACUGGCGCAGGAUAACCGUACAGACAGUCCACUACCCAUCCUGCCUCUGCCCACACCAGACGUGGAGACGGAGAGACUCAUCAAGAUGAAGGAUGAAGAGCUGAAGAGAAUGCAGGAGAUGCUGGAAAAGAUGCAACAACAGAUGCACGAGAAAGACCAGUGAUGAGACACACACACACACACACACUACGGCCCUCACAGCAGCCCUCAGAUGUAAAUGCAUUUAAAUGAUACUGUACAAAUCUCAUAUCUAUAGGUCUGAGCUUCAGAUCCUCUCUGUUCAUCUGCUCGAUGCUUCUGUCUCCCUGCAUCAAAAACAUGAUUCAUCAUCAACAUACAGUACAUAAACCAGUCUAACUUACAGUAAAUUCCCUUCUGAAGGCAUCUCUUUAUUAUUGACUUUUGAUUUGCUUAGUAAGAAAUGUGCAAGGGUUCAUUUACGUGUGUGUGUGUGUGUUUGGAGAGACAUUCGUGUACUUUUGCUAUGAAUUUGUUAGGUUCGAUGGUGGUUUAGAUUUUUUAGUGAAUGUGAACAUACAGUACGGCUCCAACAUCCUCAGUUCAGACGGCUGGGUUUUGCACGUUUUAUAACAAUAAUAAUCAGAAUAAAACCUAUUCCAUUAUUGUAUUAAUGGCCUUUAAUAAUUUAUAUUAUGUCAAUUUAUUAUGUAUAUCUUGAAGUAAGCUUGCUAAUAAAUGUGAAUAAUUUAUCA